GGUGGAACGAAGCGAAUGGGAGAGACUUCACAAGCGACAGCCUCUUCAGUGAGGGGAGGAGCCAGAAGAUGCAGCAAACCGUAUAAACGCAGAAUGUCAAAUGGGGAAACGGAGAGACAGCGAGAGACAACAAGAAUGGCAUCUGAAACGCCUGGUGGUGUAUCUGGUGUGCAAGCCAUGACUAAUGAUGUUCAGGCCAUUGUCCAGUUAUUGAAGAACUCCGUUGUUGAAAAGUUGAAUCGCCCGCUGCAUGUUUACCAUGCGAUUUCAUAUCGCUCUCAAGUGGUGGCUGGACAGAAUUACUUCAUUAAGGUUGUGAUUGGGGAUGCAGAUGAUUACAUACACAUGCGGGUGUUCCAGCCACUGCCCUCUUCAGAUGCCAAACUGUCCCUGGAAAAAAUCCAGACAGACAAGAAACUGUGUGAUGAGCUCGAAUACUUCUAGGAUAGGCCCAGAGCAUCGCUUGAGUCUCCCUUCCCUCACGGUCAAAUGACGUUUGUGAAGAAAUUCCCUGCCUUUUCCUUUUAUUUUCAUCUUGACCACUGUACUCUCCCUGCCUCACAACUGCCCCCACCCCAAAUAGACUGAAGUGGUUUAAGAACCAUUAGCUCACUAUUAGCUUCUUCAGGGCAACUAUUAAUGGAGCAAUAAAUGCUUGUUCUGCGCUUCUUUCUAAUGCUAAUGGCAUAAGUGAUUCCAACUCCAAAAGCCCAAUUCACCUUGAACACAAAACAUCUCCAAUGAGAAAAGGAUUGCAAUUCCCAUAGAAUCUUGCUCUGUACAAAAUUGCCCCAACUCAUUCAAGGAAAUUUGAAGAUCUGAACAGCCCCACUGACAUGUCAGUCUGCCAAUGGAAACCCCUCAUCCAUGUGACUGGGCUAUUCAACUGUAAUUGCAUCGCACAGCAGUCAAUAAAAGAAUUUUGAAGCACUUA